AUGCCAUCUUUCUUUGCCCGGUCUCUGGCAGUCCUUGCCACCUUACAGGCAACUCUCAGCCUUGCUACUCCCAUCUCAGCACGCGAUGAUGUGAUUGAAACACGUGCAACUGGUUACGCUAACUCCGUCUACUUUACCAACUGGGGGAUAUAUGGUCGGAAUUACCAACCCGCUGACCUUCCUGCCUCUCAAAUAUCUCACGUUUUAUACUCCUUCAUGAAUCUAAGAGCUGAUGGUACUAUUUACUCUGGGGAUACGUACGCCGAUCUAGAGAAGCAUUACCCAAGCGACUCUUGGAAUGACGUCGGCAACAAUGCCUACGGCUGCGUUAAACAGCUGUUCCUCCUGAAGAAAGCAAACCGCAAGAUGAAAGUUAUGUUGUCCAUUGGCGGCUGGACAUGGUCCACCAAUUUUCCUGCCGCCUCUUCGACGGCAGCCUCUCGUACCACGUUUGCAAAAUCAGCAGUCGCUUUCAUGAAGGAUUGGGGCUUUGAUGGCAUUGACAUUGACUGGGAAUAUCCUGCCGAUGAUACUCAGGCCACCAACAUGAUUCUCCUUCUUAAAGCAGUUCGAUCCGAGCUUGAUGCAUAUGCCGCCAAAUUUGCACCAGGCUACCAUUUCCAGCUAUCCAUUGCCGCUCCAGCUGGGCCUGAUCAUUAUAACAAAUUACACCUCGCAGACCUCGGCAAAGUUUUAGAUCACAUCAACUUGAUGGCAUACGAUUUUGCCGGAUCGUGGAGUAACUACAGCGGCCAUGAUGCAAAUAUAUAUGCUGAUCCUAGCAAUCCUAACGCAACACCAUUCAACACAGAUGAUGCGGUUAAUGCCUACAUCAAAGGCGGCGUCCCGGCAAACAAGAUCGUUCUUGGAAUGCCAAUUUAUGGCCGGUCAUUCCAGCAAACUGACGGUAUUGGGAAGCCAUUCUCUGGUGUUGGGAGCGGAAGCUGGGAAAACGGUAUCUGGGAUUACAAAGUUCUCCCCAAAGCCGGCGCCACUGUCAAAUAUGAUAGCGUGGCAAAGGCCUACUAUAGCUACGACUCCAACACUAAGGAAUUGAUUUCCUUUGACACACCAGCCAUGAUUAGGGACAAGGUUACUUAUCUCAAGGGCAAGGGAAUGGGAGGCAGCAUGUUUUGGGAAGCAUCUGCCGACCGCAAAGGCUCCGAUUCACUUAUCGGCACCAGCAUCACUUCUCUUGGUGGCCUUGACUCCACCGACAACCUGCUCGACUACCCCGAUUCGAAAUAUGACAAUAUUAAGAAAAAGAUGACUUGA